AAAUAAAUACUUAAAACUUGGCGGAACGGAAGGGAAGGACCGAAGGAGAGAACCUUCUCCCUCUACUACAUCCCUCCGUACACGCAUACAUCUCCGUCCCCUCUCUCUCUAGAUCAUUGGCAAAUCCCAACGAACAACUAUACAAACUGAUAAGAAAAUCAGUUCGAAAUCGGACACCGAAGAAGUGAUAGUGAGAGAGAGAGAUCAUGUCGUGUUCGUCGUCCAGUGGGUCGUCGGAGGAGGAAGAGGGCGUGGAUUCAUAUCGUAAGGGAGGCUACCACGCCGUGAGAGUCGGCGAUUCGUUCAACGGCGGCCGUUAUAUCGCCCAGAGGAAGCUCGGGUGGGGCCAGUUCUCCACCGUUUGGCUCGCUUACGACACCCGAUCCGCCAGGUACGUUGCUCUUAAGAUUCAGAAAAGUGCACCCCAAUUCGCUCAAGCUGCUUUACAUGAAAUUGAAGUUCUCUCUGCUAUUGCUGAGGGUGACCCCUCAACUAGCAAGUGUGUUGUAAGAUUAGUUGAUCAAUUCAAGCAUACAGGCCCAAAUGGACAACAUUUGUGCAUGGUCCUUGAGUUUCUAGGUGAUAGCCUGCUCCGGCUAACAAAAUAUAAACGUUAUAAAGGUCUUGAGUUGAAUAAAGUGAGGGAGAUAUGCAAAUGCAUUUUGAUUGGACUGGAUUAUCUGCAUCGAGAACUUGGUAUAAUCCACACAGACCUGAAACCUGAAAAUAUUCUUCUCGUUUCCGCUAUUGACCCCGCCAAAGACCCUAUUAGGUCUGGUCGCGCCCCUAUUCUUGAAAAGCCUGAAGGGUAUCCAAAUGGCGGGGUCACAAUGAAUUUUAUUGAAAAAAAGCUAAAGAGGAGGGCAAGGAGGGCUGUGGUAGGGAUAUCAGAGAGACGUGCUUCAGUGGGUGGGAUAGGAGGAAAUCCGACGGUAGAAAGAUGCCUGAAUGGGAUUGAUAUGAGGUGCAAGGUUGUGGAUUUUGGAAAUGCUUGUUGGGCAGAUAAACAGUUUACAGAGGAAAUCCAAACAAGGCAAUACAGAGCCCCUGAAGUUAUACUUCGCUCCAGGUACUCCUUCUCUGUUGAUAUGUGGUCAUUUGCUUGCAUCGCCUUUGAGCUUGCUACGGGGGAAAUGAUGUUUACUCCCAAGUGUGGACAAGGAUUUGAUGAAGACGAGGAUCACCUUGCUCUAAUGAUGGAACUCCUCGGGAAGAUGCCAAAGAAGAUAGCCAUAGGAGGGGCCCGAUCCAAAGACUACUUCGAUAGACACGGUGAUCUGAAGAGGAUCCGGAGGCUGAAAUACUGUCCGCUUGAUCGUUUUCUGGUCGACAAAUUCAAAUUCUGCGACAGCGAUGCUCGUGAGUUUGCAGAGUUUCUAACUCCCCUCCUCGAUUUUGCGCCAGAGAAGAGACCAACUGCUCAGCAAUAUCUACAACACCCAUGGCUCAACACAAGGAACCUGAUCCAGAAAGAAGUGAAGAGUGAAUCUAGUCUGGGAAAAGUAGAAGUGGGGAUAAGCAAACUCCAGAUAAAGGUGGGCAAAUGAGGCAUGGUUUUGCUCUGACCUCCUGCAUGAGUAGUGCUUGUGAUUUAGUUUUUGUAUUCUGUUUUGUUGGUUUGACUUUUUUUUUAAAUAUUUUUUAUUAACAAAGAUGUAGAAUAUGAAAUGAUAAUUGUGAGUAAAUGAGAUCAACGAGGAAUUUGACA